AAAGCGCACUUUUUAAAAAUAAUUAUGAUUGGGAUAGACACAAAUCACCAAAAGUCAACUCAAUCAAUCAAUCAAUCAAUUAUUAUUCUUUCCGCUGAUUUUUCUCGUUCUGAUCGAAAUAAGGGGCACGAACAGAACCUGUGAAUGUUAAGAAAUUAUUCCCAACUCCUUGUAAAUUAUCUGUUAUCUCUCAUAUUUUCCACUAGAGGUGUUAAGCAAGAUCAUUGAUAAGAUUAAUGUUAUCUUUCUGUUGUCCUCGGAAAGAACUGAUUAAGUAUUUUCGAAGAUUACUUUUUGACCUUCUUGAUAUCUUUCGAAAUUUGCUUAGCUAUAAAUCUUUAACUUGUACUAUUUCCCAGUAUUCGCUCCACCCAGUAUUUGUUAUACAAGACAAACAUGCCUUCUGAUCUGAAAACUGGCAGCUUGAUUAUUGAAGGGAAAACUAAGAAAAUCUUAGAAAUAUGUGGGGAAUCCGACAAAGUGCUGAUGGUGUCCAAAGAUCGUAUCACUGCCGGAGAUGGAGUGAAGGCUCACGACAUGGAAGGCAAAUCGGUUAUUUCUACUGCUACUACUGCCAAGAUUUUUGAGUACUUGAAUGAAGUUGGCAUAAAAACUCACUAUAUCAAGCAGUAUGAUGAAAGAUCUCUUAUAGCGAAAAAGUGUGACAUGAUACCCAUUGAAUGGGUGUCACGACGUCAUGCAACGGGGUCUUUUCUCAGAAGGAAUCCCGGUGUCACCGAAGGUUAUCGUUUCUGUCCGUUGAAACUGGAGACGUUCUACAAGGAUGAUGCUAACCAUGAUCCCCAGUGGUCGGACGAACAGCUGAUUUGUGCCGAGUUAGUAGUCGGUGGUUUGAAGAUUGGAAGAUCAGAAGUAGAGAUCAUGCAUAAGACAACUGCAUGUAUAUUUGAAGUGCUUGAAAAAGCUUGGGCUUCUCUAGGCUGCAGCUUGAUUGAUAUGAAGGUGGAAUAUGGAGUCACUACAGAAGGUGAACUUGUUUUGGCUGAUGUUAUCGAUAGUGAUUCUUGGCGACUUUGGCCUUCUGGGGACAAGCGAUUAAUGGUUGACAAGCAGGUUUAUAGAAAUUUAACUACUGUAACUCAGGAGGAUUUAGAGAAAGUGAAAAGAAACUUCCAGUGGGUAGCUGAAAAAGUGAAGGAAUUUUUACCAAGACCUAAAUCACAAGUAGUGAUUCUGAUGGGAUCACCAUCAGACAAAGGUCACUGCAGUAAAAUCAGAGAAGCUUGUGAUAAAUUUGGAAUCCCAUCUGUUCUAAGAGUAACAUCUGCACACAAAGGACCCGAUGAAACUCUCAAUAUAAUUUCUCAAUAUGAAGGCCAUGGUCAGCCUACGGUAUUUAUAGCAGCUGCUGGAAGAAGCAAUGGUCUUGGCCCCGUCACGUCUGGUAAUUCUGCUUUUCCAGUUAUUAAUUGCCCUCCUAUCACUGCUGAUUGGGGGCAAGAAGACAUUUGGUCUUCCCUUAGACUACCUUCAGGACUUGGCUGCACCACUGUUCUUUUUCCUGAGGGAGCUGCUAUUGCCGCUGCACAAAUAUUUGCAUUGAAUGACCAUGUCAUAUGGAGUCGCCUAAAAGCAAAGCAAUUGAACACUUGGAUUAGUCUUAAACAUGCUGAUAAAAAUAUAUCUGCCUAAACAAAGACAAUUUUACUUCUUUUUUUUUUUUUUUCAAUGCUUUGGACAGUCUUUACACCAAUCUGUUUUUUCAAUUUUCCGAUGCCGUAAUUGUUUCAUGACUUAUGCAGCAAACUUCAAAUGCAACUAUAUCAACUAAAAGUAAAAAAUUGAUAACUGAACUGAACUGUAAUCCAAAAGCAAGAAAUCAAGAUGUUUUUUGAAGCAUAUCUGAAAUGUUUAUAAAAUGUUUUAGAUUCUAGCUAUUAAAAUAUUUUUUAUUUUGUCUAAA